AUGACCAGAGACUGCGGACAUAGUAGUACAGGAGAUGACCGGAGACUGCGGACAUUUGGGGAGAGGAAGAGGGGGGAGCUGGUACCUGAAUUUGACAGGUACCCGCUCCCACUUCCGUGGAGUUGUCCUCCCUCCCCAUCUUUUGGGACACGUGACAGGUCCUAGAAGACUGCCGGACCAUUCACAAAGCUCAGCGCUUCUCGCACAUGCGCAGUGGGCACUCGACUUUGAAGCCACAAGCUGUCACAGCCACGUACCCACACUAAAGAUGUCGGUGCCAUGGAGAGAAGACGGUGAGGACACCGCUGGACCGAGGAAUGGGUAG